ACCUUUUCACAACAAAAAACACGGAAAAAAAACAAACAAGCGAAGAAAAGUAUUCUUCACCUUGGUUGGCUUAUUGUGUAUGUCUAUAAAUAUUCCAUUAAACACUUCUCUUAAAACCCAAAACCUUCACAAUCUCUUUCCCUCCCUCUCUCUUCCUCAACAUGACAUCAAGAACAUUCACAAGACAUUCCAGUCUCAUUCAUGUUUUUCUCCUGCUUUCUCUCGUUUUCUCAGGGAAUAUACUACAAACAGUAACGUCUCUUGGCAUCAAUUACGGACAAGUUGGGAACAAUUUGCCUUCACCGGAUAAAGUCAUUAACCUCUUGAGAUCUUUAAGGAUCACAAAAACAAGAAUUUACGACACUAACCCUCAAAUCCUUAGUGCCUUUGCAAAUUCAAACAUCGAGAUCAUCGUCACCAUCGAAAAUCAGGUUUUACCAUUACUACAAGAUCCUCAACAAGCUACCCAAUGGGUAGAUUCUCACAUUAAACCCUAUGUUCCGGCCACUAGGAUUACCGGAAUUAUGGUCGGAAACGAGCUUUUCACCGACGACGACUCUAGUUUAAUAGGAUACAUGAUGCCGGCGAUAAUCAACAUCCACAAAGCCUUGGUCCAAUUAGGUUUAGAUAGAUACAUUCAAGUCUCGUCUCCAAGCUCUCUUGCCGUCCUCGGUGAAUCUUAUCCUCCAUCUGCCGGAAGUUUCAAGCCGGAGGUUUCCUCCGUGAUGCAACAACUUCUAGAUUUCUUGGAAGCCACGAAAUCUCCUUUUUGGAUAAAUGCUUACCCUUACUUUGCCUACAAAGAUAACCCACAAGAAAUCCCAGUCGAUUACGUUCUAUUCAACCGUAACAUCGGCAUGACCGAUCCCAACACAAGACUACACUACGACAACAUGAUGUAUGCUCAAGUUGACGCAGUUGCUUUCGCGGCUGCGAAACUAGGGUACCGUAACAUAGAAGUUAGGGUUGCGGAAACAGGGUGGCCUUCAAAAGGAGAUGUCGGAGAGAUUGGAGCGUCUCCUGUGAAUGCUGCCACGUAUAACCGGAAUCUUAUGAUGAGGCAAUUCGCCGGAGAAGGAACUCCAGCGAGACGGAAUGCAAGACUCGAUGUUUAUAUAUUUGCGUUGUUCAAUGAAGAUAUGAAACCAGGUCCUACUUCGGAGAAAAACUACGGUAUAUUCCAACCAGAUGGAUCAUUAGCUUACAAUUUGGGAUUCUCUACAAUGUCGACAACGACGGCAAAUUCAGAAUCUGUCACUUAUUCAUCCUCUGCCACUAAGGUACGAUUAGUAUUAUGUGGUGAAUUUUGUUAGAAUUUGGAAUUAUUGGGGCCACGACGAGAAUAAGUUUGUGAAAGGACUAGAUGUGCAAAAUGAAUUAAUUCUCUGUUUUCUUCUUCUUUCAGGCAAAGAGGAGCUUGGAGUAUUGGACAAUUUUGAUAUUGGCGAUGGUUCAAGUUGUAAUGUUGAGACUAUUUUAGAGGAAAAGUUAUUGACAAUAUAAUAACGCGAUUGUUUAGGAUAUUUAUGUAAACAAUUUAAUUAUAAGCUUGAUAAAUAUAAUUUAUAUUCAAUUCAACAUUCAAAUGAAGUCGGUCAAUAGUGAAAAUUCUAAAUUUAUUGUUGUCGUUAACAAGUAAUUGACAUAUAUAAUAAAGAAACAAAGUUUACUUUUU